AUUCAACAGCAACAAGAUGUCCACCAAAAAGAAAUUAAGUGCGCCUGUACUUUAUUUUGGACGUAUAAUUGGACUGAUUCCUUUUCGUCUUGGUGAAGAUCAAAGUGAUCUGCAAUUUUCUAUUGCUGGUGCCGUUUACGGGACUGUACUAGCCAUUGCUUACAGCAUUGCCAGCGCGAUGGCUUUGCGUUUACUUUUCUUAAAUGGUUUUCCCUUGGAUACACCUUUACUAGUUAUUGCUAGCGGAAUGGAAAUGGUUUGUAUUUAUUUCCUGUGCGUCGCCAUCUGGCUGACUUUUGCCUACCGUCAAGAACACAUCAUCAAGAUGCUACGAGACUUUUUCAAGAUACACGAAAUUGUUUGGGAAUAUUUUGAAAUUCCAACUGAUUACGAGAGGAUCAUCUAUCAGAUAACAGUUCAUGCGACUUGGAUAAACGUCUUCUUACUUAUUUUAAAUAUUAUUGCAUAUUCUUUCUUCGCCGGCGAUCGCACGUAUAAUGUCGUUAUUUGGAUCUCAUACUGUUUGCCCGGCGUUGUGUAUCAUAAUGUUAUUAUUUUAUUUUUGGUGUCGAUGAGUGCAAUCAGACGGAAGAUCCGUCGUCUAAACGAAAAACUUAUCGAACGAGGAAGAUCCAUUAAUUCUUCUACGAGUAUCAAUGACUUUGCAUUCGUUCAUGGAUUCCUUUGUGAUCUUGCCGAAUCGGUCAGCCACUUUUUUUCUCAUUUUAUACUGCAGACAGUCGUACAACACCUGCUACUGCUUCUUACAAGGAUUUAUGGGAUUUGUAUACUCCUAAAGAACCAGAAAUCUUCAAUUAAUAUACCAUUAGCAAUGUACGUGAACGUUACUGACGUGAUCGUUUGUAUUCUUCAGGAAUAUUUCAUUGGCAGUAUCGUCGACGGCACCGUGAAGGAGGCGAGGAAUACCGGAAAUGCUCUUCACGAGAUGGCAAAUAAGCAACGUCCUCUCAGGCAGAGAACGCAGGUGUACGCAUUUUCGAUUCAAUUGUUACGUCGGCGACUCGACUUGUCAGCUUAUGGGUUUUUCAAAUUUGAUCUGAGUUUGGUUUCAAAGGUCAUCGGUACUGCUACUACCUACAUCGUAAUUGUGAUGCAACUCGAGAACUUUAAUCCGAACGUACCGAGUGCACUACCAAAUUGAGUUCUACAGAUUAUUAAUUAAACUCAAGCACUUAAGAAGUUCUCUUAAUUAGCACCCAGAAGGCUUCGCAUUGCUGCUGAAAUUCAUCAGGACCUUACCGAAGCAGCCGGCAUUGCUAACAAAACAUUUGGAAUUCAAAUGCUUGUCGAUCUUUCUUAUACGUUCAUGAUAAUUACGAGUGAGCUUU